CGGUGGUCGGUAGUCGGUACUACGUCCCCGCGCGAACUCCGACGCCUACGUCAAAUAAUCGCCGAAUCUUUUCCUCGCGAUUCUGAAGCCCCAACAAAGCCCAAUUUCUCGGCUUUAUUUAAAUUUAGAUUGUUUUCCCGCCACCCGAUAAAUUGGCGAUGUUUCCGAGGCCCCCGUGCUGUCCUCCGGACUCUCCUCAGCGUGCCGGGAGCGGGUCGCCAUUUCCUCGCCCCCAAACCCCGAGCCCCAUCCCUAAGCCCGCUCGUCCUCUCUCUUCCUUCGUCUCCAACGCGGUGGAUCGUCGGCCUCUUAGGGCUCCCGGGGAGCUGCAACUCAUCACCGUCUUGCUUCCCGUUCUUUGUUUGAUGAGCCGUGGGUCCGAUCGCGCUGCGGAUUUCCGGCUCUCCGGCGAUUUCUUCCUGCUUCUGCUGCUGUUCCUCUUGGCCUUCUUCUUGUUCCUCUUGUCUCUCGUGCUCUUCGGUUUCCUUGGCCUCGUCGCUCUCUCUCGCCUUCUCCUUGAGUGAGUCUGGGGAACAAGAGGGGAUCUGUUUGGGCUUUUAGCUUCAGAAUCAACCGAUUCCUCAAGGGACUUAAUGGAAUUCCUCAAGACAAGGUUUCCAAGUCGUGUUGGUAAGUUGAAGGGGGUAAAAAACCCAGAUCAGGACCGAGAACAGUUGUCCUUGUCCUCGGAGGAGCUCAAAGAUGAGACCUUGGACGCAAUGCCGAAGUCGGCUACCGCUCCGGAUGGGGGAGACGACGACGACGACGACGAUUUCAUCACGAACGACGUGAAGAGGCGGCUGAAGGAACUGAGAAAGAACAGCUUCAUGGUCCUCAUACCAGAAGAAGGCCCUCCGGGAGAGCAGGAAGAGGAAGAGGAAGAGGAGGAGGAGAGCAGCUCGAGUGGGUGGGGGGGUGCCUCAGAAGCCGGUGCUGGGUAUUCCUGUUGUGGGUUCGACACAUUUUAUGACCAGUACUGCGACCGGAUGCUGUUCUUUGACAGGUUGAUAUCCCGGCAUCUAAAUGAAGCUGGAUCUCGGAGUACCUCACAGCGAUCACUCAGAUCUGUGUCGAAGAAGUUAGAUUUGGCCCUUCGAAAGCUCCGUUUCAAGAAGGGGCAAGACGAGCACCCAGACGACCGCGAACAACCACAGCUGCCGCAGCAGGAAGACGAGCGGUGCCGAAACCUUGAAGCUGCUUAUGUAGCGCAGGUUUCUUUAAGUUGGGAGGCACUUCAUGGUCAGUACAUGCAACUGAGAGUGAAGAUUUCGUCGCAGCCGGAGGAUGGUGCUUCCUAUGGCAAUGCUGCGCAAUUGUUUCAGCAGUUCCAGGUUUUGUUGCAGAGAUUUAUUGAGAACGAGCCAUUUGAGCAAGGAUCUAGGGUGGAGGUUUAUGCCCAUGGCCGGAGUUGGCUGUCUAAGUUGCUUCAGGUGCCGAAUUUUCUAGGUAUAGAUCAGAAAGAAAAUGUGGAGAAUUAUACGGACUUGCCAAUUCUUGCUGCCGACUUAGUUAAGAUAAUGGAGGAUUCCAUCCUAACCUUCCACCUUUUUCUGAAGAUGGACAAGAAAAGAACAGGUAGCUUCUUUCGAGCUCACAGCCCUCGGAGCUCCCUUCAUCAAGUGCAAGCCUCACUUGAUAAGAAGGAGAUGAGAGUGAAGGAACUGUUCAAAAAGAAGAAAGGGUGGAGGAAGAGAACCUGGCCGACCACCACGGAGGAAGUGGAACUGCUAUUUGCUCUCAUCGACAUCAAAGUCAUAUCGAGGGUUCUGAGGAUGGCACGGCUCAGCAAGGAACAGUUGUUAUGGUGUGAAGAAAAGAUGAGCAAGCUCGAUCUGUCGGGCAACAGACUCUGCAGGGAUGGCUCGCUGCUCCUCUUCCCCUGUUGAUAGUGCGCUUUGCUUGUUUUUCCUCCUGUGCUUCUAUUAGGACAUUUAUCAGACAAUAUAUCAACCUUUGAUCUGUAAAGUGCAGUAGUGGCCUUCCAAUUGUGACACAUACUAUGAUACUAUAGUAAUAAUAAAUCAAUACUACGACAGUUCAAAAAUUUAUUAUUGACUGAAAUUGAUAAAUCAAAGCAUAACAUCGCUCAUUAAUUUUCUAAGGUAGCAAUCAAGAUUUUU